UGUUCAUCUUUUGUUAUCCUAUCAAACUACUUUUGUUUUGUUUUCUUUUGCCAGUUACUAUCAAACUACUUCCGUUUAUAUUAUUUUUUUAGUAAUUUGACAAAUAAAUGUGAUUUAGGAAGUCAUAAGAUUGAGACAUGAAUGUGCACUAGCGUUAUGUGAUUGUUGCUUUGAUUAACUGUGGAGUUGUUGAGGCAUAAUUUCAUGCAUUUUGAAUUGCUUUGAAAGAGAGUUGGAAUUUCUUUGCUUCUACUAAAUCUUAGGAUUCUUGUGAGAUUAUAUUUGUUUGCUAAAACUCUACCCGAUUGAUCCUUAUAUCCCUAACAUGGGACAUGCAUCCAUUUUGAAAAAUUCAAAGGCCCUUCCCCUUCCAGAAAAAAAAGAAAGAAAGGAAGAAAAGUAAGAAAAAGGAAAUUACAUCUACUCCGCUGGUUUAGGUCACUUAGUAACUGGGUAACUUCAUCACAAAUGUUGUUAUUCACGUAAAACGGUGGCCGGAGCUAUGAGUAUGCAAAGCACUUUAGGUAAAACGUCUUUUGGUUGAGUAACCGGGUGCCUUCACCACAAGUGUUGUCAUUCGCGUCAAAAGGCCAGAAUGCGACGUUUUUUGGUUGAGUAACCGGGUGCCUUCACCACAAGUGUUGUCAUUCGCGUCAAAAGACCGGAAAACGGCCUAAAGAACACAAGUCGCGGGCAAAAGCAAAGGAAAAAAAAAGAAAAUAAAAGUCGUGACUAAAGCAAAAGGGGAAGAAAAAAGAAAAAAAAUUCAUUAGUGGCCAAAGAAAAGAAAGAAAAGCGAAAUCCGUCCCGACUAGGUAGAUGUGAGGAGAUAAAAGGGUAUGGUGUUAGCAUCGAGGAUGAUAACACUUUGAAAUCCAUAGAUUUUGUGGAAGCUUGUUUGUCCUCCUCUAUACUUGGCAAAACGAAGUGUUGUGAUGUGAUUGGCCUCUUACCCUCGUUAUGAUAAGUUAGCAUUUGCAUAAUGUGUUGCGGCGUUUGUGUUUUGAGAUUAUGUGCACAUAGUAUUUCAUUCUGUUGGAGGCAAUAACUUUAAUGACAUUGCGGCAGUCCUUUCUUUUCUUUAUUGAUUUAUUAAAAAAUUGUCACAUUUCUUAGUGCUGAAAAUUUUUGUGUGUAAAAUCCUCUACUUUGGCAUGCCUUUUCUUAUGUGACUACUAUUUUUGGUUGGGAGGAGGAGGAGAUAGAUUCUGGCCUUGUAUUUAUUGUAACAAUAUUUAAAUUCUAUAUUAUUAUAGUUUUCUUUAAUCUUAAUGAAUUAUUCCCUUUAGAUUGCCAUCCCAGCAGGGUGAGGGUGCAAGUUCAGUAUGUAGCAGUAGUGCAUCUUACAUGACCGCCCCUUAAAAGGAAAAUGUAUGUGCUUGCAUGUAAGAGUUAAAGAAGUCUACCAUGGUGCAUAUAGACAAGUAUUAUAAAUUUUUCACUUCUAAUCUAUACUGGCCCAUGAAUGCGGUUUAUCCAGGUAUGUGAGGUUGGGAAUCAUUGUUAACUAAUAAUUGAUAAUAAAAUCAGAUUCCUUUUUUGUGUUCCAUCUUCUGUUAAACUCUUUAAUGAAGUUCAUCAGAUAUCUUUCAGUUACAUUUGCUACACUUGGUGAGAACACCAGAUGAUGUCCCUGGAUGUGCUUCUUAGUGCUGGUGUUCCGUGGUGCAGCUCGAGAAUUUGUUGUCACUUCCCAAGAGCUUAUCACUCGGGGUUCAGUCCUGGAUAUUAUUGUGGAGAUGCUGCUGAUAUGGCUAAUAUUGAAUCGUCGAGUGUUGCAAGAGAAGCUGCAAUACAUAGUGCAGCUAUUAGGUGUCCUCCAAUGGUGUCUCGCUUCCAGUUAUCAUAUGAUCUUGCAGUCUCGUUAUGUUCUAGGAUAUCUAUGGUAGAGAAAUUUCUGUUUUUCCUGCGCCAAAGGGACAAAUAAUGACAUGGAAGGAGUCUUUACUUGAUACACCUACCUAUAGUUGGGUAUGCUUGUUUUACAAUGU